AUGCGUUUGCAAAAUCUACUCCCUCCGGAGGCGAUUCAACGUAUUCGUCAGAUCUGGCAAGAAAUCUAUGGUUCAAACAAAUCCGUGGGAUCUAUUCGUGGAGCUGGUUCUGUUGACAGUGCUUCGUCAUUAGCCAGGAGUGCGGUUGUCACUGGUUCUUCUCCAAUAUCUUCUUUGAUAACGACCACCACUACCGCGGUGAUCGGAUCUGCUACUCUGUGUCCGAGGCCUUCAUCAAACGCGGUCACUUUACGUGAACAUUUUGCUCGUCGUGUGCGCCAGGUCGUGCGCCAAUACCUCGGUCCAAAUGCGUUGGUCAAUUUAAAUCGGGUAUCCGCUGCCACUACCGCUAGUGCUGUUUCUACCGCAACUCUCUCCGCUCCUGUUAGCCACGUUUCCCCGUCGGGCUCGACUCGCGAUUCAAACUCAUGUAUAGUUCUGGCCAAUUCGACCUUGACUAUCCCCACCUCUACAUCUAUAGCCAGUUAUGCCACCGUGACCCAAUUUCCUCAGGUUGUCUGUCCUCAGGGAACGCCAUUGAAUGUGUGUACUGCGAGCAGUUUACCAACUGAUUCUACCGAACCUCGAACACACAACGCCAUAUCCAGUCCAGCUCAUCCGGCGUUAUCGCGAACCUCCGCAGUCGUGAUGAACACAACUACUACCGCGGUCAGUACUAUGAUCAAUACUGUAUCUUCUCAGGCACUUAUCACCGGAUCGCAUUUAACGGUGUCUGGUCUGCCCGUGGUUGUUUCGGAACCGAACAAAACUCAGGACUGCAAAGGUUUUACGGCUGAUUUGGGGAGUACCUCCUGCGUCUUCACCACGACCACAGUCCCGAUCAAUGCUAUUGGUAGUGGUUCUGAUGGCCCGAGCAACCCUGGUAUUAGCUCCUCCGCUGCAACCUUGCCAAUGCCUAAUCUCCAAUUGGCUCCCAUGCUAGAUUUGCAACCACCACCAGCCAGUCGUCGAGCAUCGAAUACAUCUCAGUGUUGUGUGCUGGAAUGGCUUCUGUCAGAUGAAGCAGAUUUAUGUUUGUUACCUCCAUCGUUCUAUGAAACGAAAACUUCCAAUUCAAGUACUCCCGUUGGUGCUUCAACCACCACUGCCGUCACUUCCAGCCUUCCCUCAGAAAGCUCCUUAUUCACGGACCGGAAUGUGCGCGGAUCUCUGACUACUCCAGGUGCACUUACCAUCCAGCUGCCAGCGCCCGUUCCCGGAACCGGGGCAAUUUUAGUCAGUCCGGUCACACCCAUAGCUACAACACCGGUACGGUCAACACUGGAGAAUACGGCGGUCGCAAACACUGAUCCGAUGGUUUUGACGCUCGAAGCUGAACGUGGUCCAGAAUUGGCGUUCCUCACCGGGACCCGUACAUCUUUGUCGGUUAAUUCUUCUUCGUCAUCGUCUUCCUCAACUCCAUCCUCCUCAGGAGCCAGUCCCAUCAUCAGCUCGUCUCCAAUACAUCACCGGGCGGGCAGUCUCCUCGUGAUCGGGUCAGAACCAACGUCACCAGAUGUUUCCCUGGUACGUCUUGAUCCGGCCCCCAGGCGUCUGUCGGACAAUACCCUGGCCACGCCACCGAAUCCUGUGUACCAAGCACAUUUGCUUUCUGGCCCUCGUUCAUUGGACAUUUCGUCUAACAACUCGUCUGCCUCAAUCCCAUUUUGCCAGUCCGCUUCGCUCAAUUCCACCGUGCUCAACACGUCAGAUCCCCGUAGUUCUUCUACGGUUUCAUCCACGAGUCGGGCGAAACGCCGUCGGAGUGGCCCGCCCACACCAUUGCUCAAUACCGGCGCUACUUCGGGAGGUAUUAGCCUUGCAAGUACACUUUCUGUGUUCAGUGGACACACGACCACCACUACUACGAACUCCACAAGAACAAGACAUGUCUCUCGUUUGGAUAAUGAUCAUUCUCGUGUCACUAGUACUCGUGAUCGAUCAGAUGGUCUAACCAGUCCUCCAUUCACUUCACUCACUCAACUACUUCUUCAGGACUUUCCUACGUCCACGAAUACAGUUCCGAACGGCUCAGAGAGCACUUCAAGUGAAAACCUGCCAACUCUACGAUCUUCGUCAUAUCUAACAGUCGGAAAUCAUGUGGCACGUGAAGAUCUUUCGGAUGCGAGUCCGGCACGGCAUCUCACGGAUUCAUUUGGUACGCAAGCUGACAGUACUCGAAGCAUCAGACCAGUUGGACACAUAGCGGAUCCUCAUCCUGACUGUGCAUGGUCCACAGAAUCCGUUUCACUGAAAGGGAACAGUCAAACGGGGUCUCGAAUGCACCCCCGCGCGAGACACGCUUCUUCCUCCCUACUGCAUUCCCCUCCUAGUGGUGUGAUGCAAAAUGAUACCGGUGUGAACGGUUGCCCAUCGCUGUUUGUGCACGGAUUGCAUCUCACUGCCACUACAGUAGUGUCGAUUAGCACCUCACCGGGACCGGCGGUCAGUUCUCGCUCUACUAUGUCCUCAUUCUACCAACAUCGACCAGAAGAUUUGCCACGUUAUUUGAAAGAAGUUGGACCGAAUGUCCGUGUACAGCUAUCUGCACCACCAGCGGUCGUAGUUAGCUCCACUCAACCAAAUGUGACAGCAACGCAACCGAAUACUGGAGACUUUUCCCGGUGUACUCCAGAUGCAUACAACGCCAUUCCGUCUUGCUCGUCUUCGGUUACCAAUGGGGUUGUUUGUGGUUCUAGCGGCUCCAUAUCCGCUGGUCACUUAUCACCAAGGGCCAUAGAUUCAUCUAGCCAGGAUACUGCGUUCUCGAUAAUCACCUCUGAACGUGGCAGUGCGAAUUGUGCUGCACCUGGAAACAUCAUUAUACCAUCGUUAUCUUACACUGCCACUACCUCAACAAUUACCACCACUGGCUUGAAUUUGGUCAGUGACACAGUGGCUUCCACCAGUUUUCAGCCCACGAAAAACUUUGUUGUCACUCCGUUUGGGAAUACUCAGGUCAAAAUGGAAUCAUCCGUUGCGCAGCAUCGAUCCUCGAAACCCGGAAACAGUUAUGUCCUUGGCUACGUCCCGAAUCCAACAAAUAUGAUGCACGCCAAUACAACGGUCCUUAGUACAUUGGAACGACCAUCGUACGCGUUCACCGCACGUGCUCCUCUGACUAAUCCUGAGGUGUUGUUGGUCCAUUCCGGACAUUCGGAGUCGGGAACACAACCCAAACUGACUAUCGUUUGUGAUCCCGCCUCCACAGUGACACCAACCGUGCCGAUUGUAUGCACGAAUUCCCGUCUAUCAUCUCAAUCCAACGCAUUCGUCUAUUCCCUCUCGCCUUCAACAAAUGCAAGCGCAGUCCAUGCAACAGUCAUUCCAACCGAACAAACGACCCUAGUGUCUCGGUCGGCUGUGAAUGCUCAACUGUUCGUAGUCCCUUCUCCACAUCGCAUCUCGCCGCCGCUGUUAACCGGUGCGAUCGUGGUUCCGACCGCUUCGACGUCACCCAUUCUAUCAGUAUCACAAGACACUACAGCACACAUCCGCAAACCACGAUCUGCAUCAACCAGUACAAACAGCCGUUUGGAUUCCGGUCCGUCAGAGUCCAUUUUAAACAGGCAAACGGCCGGUCCGGAUCUUCUGCUGCUCACCAAUUCUGUUCCGUUGGAUGUAAUGUUUGACUCAGAUUCAAAACCCGAAGAGAGUCUACUUCCGGAUGAUAUCAUCAACGAUGUGUUUGGACUGGAGACCAUGGUUGCCGCUAAGCAACAUCAGAAUCGCCAAAAUUCCGCUGUAUUUUCGGAUCCAGUGGAUUCGUCAUUGAACUUUGCACGCCCAUCGCCUACACUGGAUGGAGAUUCAGAAGUUAUGAUGGAUUUACACGGACUCCCUUCCACAGCUUCAUCAUCGCCUAGUCCAUGUUCACCGCAACUGAGCAACCCAUUGCCUCCGGAUAUACGGUCCACAUCCUCCUGUUUCAGCCCAUGA